AGACGGGCCUCACUUUGGAUUUCGCUCAAACUCACCUAUCUUGUGUAUUUUGACGUGUAGAAGCCGAAUCUGCAAGUAAAAAUGAUCGCUCGGCCCUAGUUUGCGAGAAAUAAAUAGUUAAAAAGUGACACAUGCGAGGUUAGGAAAUCUGUCAUGUCGGUAAGACAGAGACUUACACUUCACGUCAAAAUACACAAGAUAAGUGAGUUUGAGCGAAAUCCAAGCUGAGGCCCGUCUUGUAAAUAAUUACCAAAUAAUUAUUCACUCUCAAGCUUUUCUUUCUCUGAUCUGAUAUAUGUUCAGGAGAAUGGCGUAUGAGUACACCCUUCUACCUAAAGCCAUAUACCGAACUGAACUGAACUGAUAUAUGUUGUUAAAUUCCGUUACACAUAGCAUUCCGUUUGCUAUUCAAAAAUCUAGAAACUUGGAAGAAGUUGCAAUAUUGGUGAGAAAUGAUAACUAACCGUAGACAACCAAUUCGAACUUAUCAAAGAAAAAUUAAAAAAGGACCAUUAAUAGAUAUUUUACCUACACCAACUGUCAUAUUGACUCAACAAUACAGUAUUAAGAAUGAUUAUUUUAAUGACAAUGAAAUUUCUAACGAUUCCAUAACUCAUGAUCCAUUUGAAACUACAUUUGACAGAAUCGCUAAAGGAGCAGUUGUACCUCCUUUACCAUUGAAUGCAAAUCAAAAUGAUUCAUGGAACAGUAGCAGCAGUGACAGUGAUACUAAUAAUGUAACAAAUCUUGUAAAAUCUAGGCAUAUAACUUGCAAUCAGUAUACAUCCAAUGAUAUAUCUGAUUUAACACAUGAAAGUGUUAAAUAUAUUCGUAAGUACAAAAAGCCACAAAAAUAUAAAGUAAAGGUUAGCUCAGAAACGCUGUGUAAGAGGCCAAAAAUAAUAUCAAUAAAAAAUGAGAUACCUUCAAAGAAAAAAAAAAUACAGGUAUGUACUUAUACAUGUUAUUAUAUAAUAAACAUAUAUAUACACACAUAAAAUAUGUCUAAGAAUAAGAUCAACCAAUUAGAAGAUAA